CGAAGCGUAUCGCCGAAGCCGUUGACCACUCGCAAGACCACAACAACACCGGAACCGUCGGCCGAACCCUCGCCAACGGCCAGCGGUAGCGGUGGUCCGUCGUCUUCGCGCCGUCGAAAGGGAAGUAUGGCUUUCGUAAACCCCGGAAAGAUUGCCAAACUGUUGAGACGGACGCAUAGCGCCGGUUGCUCUAAGGAUGUGCCCUCUUAUGCACUUUUUCUCAGUGAAAAGCCUUCCCGAUUGAGCGAUGGGAAGGAGCACACGAAAAGAGGUCGGAAACAGGCCCCUGCAUUAGAAGACAUGAAACAGAGGCUAAGAUUUUUGCGAAGACGUCAUACGGACUCAUCCAUUGAAUCCUCGGUUCGGCCCUCAAAAGAGGAGCUCGAGAAGUGGGCCAACUCUUUCAUCGACCUCAUGAGCAGCCGAUACGGCAGCGCAUUGUUUCGCGCUUUCCUUUCGCGUGAGUUUAGCGAAGAAAACAUUGAGUUUUGGAUGGCGUGCGAGGAGUUCAAGAAAUCUCGGGCCUCCAAAAUGACACAAAAGUCCCGCAAAAUCUUUGACGAUUAUCUCGCCGUUAAGGCACCCAAAGAGUUCAAGAAAUCUCGGGCCUCCAAAAUGACACAAAAGUCCCGCAAAAUCUUUGACGAUUAUCUCGCCGUUAAGGCACCCAAAGAGUCUAUGCGCAAACUGCAGGCUUGGUUUGGUGGCCUGUUUUGGUAA